GUCGAAUAUUGAAAGCCAGUUUGUCUUUUUCUUCCUCUGCUUUGGAAGCUAUUGUUCCUGAAGUAGCGGAUUUUUAUCAGAAAGUCCGCCCCUGCGGGGAAAUUUAUUUCAAAGUUAAAAUUUUUUUUUUUUUUAAUGGCCCGCCGCGAUCUCACCGGAAGAGAUCCUGGCUCAUUGUUUGAUCACUCUCUGUCUUUCUUUUCAGGAAGUAAUUAAUUAACAUUCCCAUUUUGCUCUUUCAUUGCCCCUUUCAUCGAGAACGCUGGUCUAACUGUGGUCUCGAUACUGGUCCGGCGUAGGCAGCGCUGCUUGGCAUUUAUUGCUUUGUCCCCUACAUUCGAUUCUAUCCGAGUGACAUCAGCAAUCAACUAGCGCUUCCGGUAUAGACAACCUAGAGACGGCAUACUCGCAUUGGGAUAUCUUCAGCUCUUCUACCCUAUUGCAUACUGGAUUCUUUUCAUCUCUCAAAUACACCAAAGAAUCUAAACAAUGACGAUAAUGGAAACACCGAUCCCGGAGCUGGACGAGGAGCGUCUAGCCAACGAAAUCCCAGAAUCGAGAGUGCUGAUUAUCAUGACUGGCGGUACCAUCUGUAUGCGACAGUCACCGGCCGGCCUUGUUCCAGCGAGAGGAUUCCAGGAUGCGUGUCUUGCUCGGGUCCCAAGUUUCAAUGAUGGUUCACCACCCACAGUGAUAGAUGUGGUUGCCAACACAGCCGGGGAAUGCGAGAGCCAUGUCAGUUUGCGAACGCCCAAGACAGCCUACGGUCGACAGGUACGGUAUACGGUGUUUGAAUUCAAAGAGCUUCUCGACAGCAGCUCCAUUGACGCCAAAGGCUGGGCUGAGAUUGCUCAAACGAUUUAUCGAAACUACACUCAUUUCGACGGAUUCGUGGUCUUGCACGGCACUGAUAGCCUGGCAUACACAUGCUCUGCACUGAGCUUCAUGCUGCAGAGCCUAGGCAAGCCCGUUGUCCUCACGGGCGCGCAGUCACCGAUGGCCGAGCUGCAGAAUGACGCUACAGAUAACCUGCUUGGAUCUCUGGUUGUGGCUGGUCACUUCAUGAUCCCAGAGGUGUGUUUGUAUUUCAACUACAAGCUGUUCCGCGGAAAUCGAGCGACGAAAGUAUCCGCCAGCGAUUUCAAUGCGUUUGCGUCGCCAAAUUGUGCACCAUUGGCGGUGACAACGUCAAUGCGUACGAAUGUUGACUGGGAAUUGGUGCAUCGGCCACGGAACCUGGAGCAUUUCAGCAUCCAGACGAAUCUAGACACCUCCCACGUGGCUUGUCUUCGCAUUUUCCCCGGUAUCACGCCAACCAUGGUCGAUGCCGUGCUGAAGCUCGAGGGACUUCGGGGUCUGAUAUUGGAGACUUUUGGUGCGGGAAAUGCACCGCACGGCCAAGACAAUGCGAUGAUGAAGGUACUCGCGGAUGCUAUCAAGAGGGGAAUCGUCAUUGUCAACGUCACCCAGUGUCUCAGUGGUAGUGUCAGCUCUGUCUACGCUCCCGGAUUGAGUCUAUCCCAGGCCGGUGUCGUAGCAGGUCUUGACAUGACUUCGGAAGCGGCAUUGACGAAGCUAGCAUAUCUUCUCGCACUUCCAGGCGCUACCACCGAAUCUGUAACGAGAGACAUGUCUGUUUCCCUCCGCGGGGAGUUGACAGAGGUCUCGCAGCCAGUAUUCCGCCAUCCUGAUGGUAUCCUGCCAGAACGCGUCCAGGCGCUCACGGUCCUGGGGUAUGCCAUUGCGCAAGGAGACCUUCAACGGGUGAAGGAUAUCAUGAAACCCGGAAAUCAUUGGUUACUGAACGAUGCGGAUUACUCUGGGAAUACGGCUCUGCAUAUUGCCUCCACAUCCCCCUCUGUCCAAAUUCUCCACUACCUCCUGAUCCAAGGUGCCUCUGUCCACCUCCGGAACCGGUCGGGAAGGACGCCGCUUUUCCUCGCGGCCAACGCAGGCUUUUCGGAGCAUGUGCUUCUCCUCCGCAAGUCCGGGGCCCACCUUCAUUCCGACGAACGGGCAGCAGCAGAACUUCUUGCCCGUCGAAGACCGGGUAUCUGGGGUCUAGCAGGAGUAGGGAUGAUGCGCGUCACGGAGAGAGAGAUAGAGGAUGGCGAACAUGACAGGGUAGGAGAGGAUGAUGGUGGUCAUGAUCAAUGGGAUCAGAUGAUACAACAGGGAAGCGGCAGGGCGAUCAUGGUGGGAUCUGCACCGUCAUAAGCCUCAUAAGCCCCUCUCCCCCUUUGCGAUUUCUCAUUGUUAGAUUCAUUUUAUUUGUUUGUUCCUAGCGAAGAGCCACACCAGAUUCAUGGAUAGACAGGAUAGACAUUUAUAGAGCUCUUGCAAGAAAGCGACGAGCUCACAACGACACUAAUAUCAAUUGAAAUUUAUAGGCUUAAGGCAUGUAUGAUGCAAGAGAAAGGACGUCUCGGAAUAUGCUGUAUCAAUCUCUCAGCCUCAGCCAUUUACAGUCUGACUAUAUAUCAACAGAGGGAGAGAACCAUGUACAUAAAACAUGUCUUCAGCAGGGACAACAGGUUGGCAGAACUACAUUUCUCUCCAUCCCUUGGUCCAAGAUAGUAGCCCGCCUUAUAGGGAUCUUGACCGAUCCACCCCAUUGAAGCCAUCGUGCCCC